AAUGUGCAUUGCGUUUCAAACCUACUACUGUUUGAUUUCUCCGAAAUACGAGAUAGGCAAAAAGAGUACUUGUACAUUUGUAUAGGGAAUGAGCUGCAAUUUCUGAGAAAGACGAGCUUGGCAAAAGGAGUAGUUGUACAUUUGUAUAGGGAAUGAGCUGCAAUUUCUGAGAAAGACGAGCUUGGCAAAAAGAGUACUUGUAUAUUUAUAUAGGGAAUGAGUCGCAAUAACUGGUUUUGGAGGAGAUUAUUGGAUUGACGAGCAAGGAUAGCAAUGGACUGGCUUCCAAUGUCUCGACAUCCACAAUUGCCUAUCUGGCGGGUUCCGUGGUGGUUGUUUAUGAUGUCAACUUGGGUACUCAGUCGCCCCUCAUGCUGUCUCAUCGACCACCAAAGCGUUUGAGCUGUGUAGCUUUAUCACAAGACGGGCACUUUGUUGCAGCUGGAGAGGCAGGGCGCCACUCCUCCGUUAUAGUAUGGAAUUCUGUUAAUCUAUCCUUUAUCUCUGAAUUAAAAGGUCAUCUACAUGGAGUUGCUUGCAUCUCUUUCUCACCCAAUGGUAAACAUCUGGUAUCCGUUGGGGUUUAUAUAUACCUAUGGGACUUCCGAAGUGGUGAGCUGGUUACAAAGCUUCAAGCAACUUCAUCUUGUUCUAGUAUCAAAAGUGUUGGCUUUUCUAUGGAUGCAAAACUUAUUAUAACUGCUGGGACAAGGCACUUGAAAUUCUGGGUACUUGAGUCAUCUAGAAGAAGUCAAAUGAAUGGAGGGAGGGGCAGGACAACAUCACUGGCAAUACAUGGAAAGCCCGCCAACCUUGCUAUUCAGAGAGGAAGCUCAUUUAUAUCCAUUGCUUCUUCUGUAUGGAGUAAUAUCAGUGACAAUAAUUUCAAACAAGUGGGUGACAGUUUUCCCAUAUAUGCAUUGACUGAUGCAGGAAUUUUGCACCUUAUAGAUUCUGGGGUGACCGUCAAAAAGUCAGUGGAUUUAAAGGUUAAAAAAGCUUUUGCAUUAUCAUUAUCGAGGAAGCUAAUUGCUUGUGCGUGCAAUAAUGGAAUAGUACAAUUGUUUUCCCCCGAAUCUCUAGAAUACACCGGAAGCAUAUUAUAUUCACAGGCAAAAAGGUUUCAUGAUGAAAAAAAUAUAGUUGGCCAUGCUGAAGUUCCUGAACAGGACUUUCACCAGUUGCCUCCCCUGCCGGACGCAGUAGCAUGUCAGUUUUCAGCCUUAGAAAAGCUUGUGGUUAUUUACGGGGAUCAUAGUCUAUGCAUUUGGAGCAUCCAUGAUGUGAAUCAGGCUGCAAGGUGUUGUGUGCUAGUUUCACAUUCCUCGUGUAUAUGGGAUGUCAAAAAUCUAUGUUGUGAAAACAUCCAUGAUCCAUCUCUUGCAUGCAUUGCUAGAGGUUGUUCAGGUGGAAUUUCAUUUGCAACAUGCUCUACUGAUGGUACGAUAAGGCUAUGGGAUCUUGCUUUGCGAUCUGAUUUACCAAAAGAUGCUGCAGAGCAUUGCUCUGUAAAGGCUGAGCUAAUGAGUUCUUCAAGUUUAGUAACUACUGGGACUUUCGAACGUGAAGCAGUUGAAGCAGAUGUUGGCAAGCAAGGGUUCCGGUCUCUUGCCACUAGUUCAGAUGGAAAGUAUCUGGCUGCUGGUGAUUGCAAAGGAAACCUUCAUAUAUACAACCUUGAAACAUCAGAUUACACAUGCAUUCAGAGUGCUCAUGGUGCAGAGAUCCUCACGCUGAGCUUCACUUUAUGCGGCCAAGACACAUGUAAAGAAAUCGCCAACAAUAGUUAUUAUCUUGCUUCAGGUGGUAGAGAUUGUAUAAUUAAUCUCUACGAUGUAGGAAGAAAUUUCAAUCUCAUUGACAGUAUUGAUGAUCAUUCGGCGGCAGUGACCUCAAUAAAGAUUACAAGCAACAACUGCAAGAUCCUCAGUUGUAGUGCUGAUAGUUCGCUGGUGCUUCGUGACAUUAGGAUAGCAGAUGCUGAUUAUAAAAUUCUGCAGCAACAUAGUUUAAAGGCUUCGCAUGGAACUGUUUAUGACAUGGAUGUAGAUCAAAGAUUGGGGAUUGUAAUCACAGUUGGGCAGGAUAAGAAGAUAAACACAUUUGACAUUACUGAUCGAAAGCUAAUUAGGUCGUACAAGCAAGAUAAAAAUUGUGGAGACCCUAUAAAGGUUACAAUGGAUCCAAGCGGCACUUAUGUGGUCUGCUCAUUCUCUAACAAGUCCAUCUGCAUAUAUGACUUAUUCACGGGACAAAUGGUUGCAAGUGCCAUGGGACAUGCUGAAGUUGUAACUGGCAUCAUCUUCUUGCCCGAUUGCAAGCAUAUAGUUUCUGUAGAUGGUGAUGGUUGUGUUUUCCUGUGGAAAUUGCCUGCUUCUUUGUCUUCUAAAAUACUUAAGAAUAUAACGGGGAAAAGUAAUCCAUUGUCUCCAAGAAGCUUAGCUCAGCCAGCUACUUUUCGCCAUCUACCACCCUAUGAAGAGCAGUUUCAGCAAUCUAAAAUCAAUCCGGAGGAUGUCUGGUCAUUGGGGAACAACAACCAAAGUAGCGGGAGAAUGCCUUAUCCAGGAAGCAGUGGUAGGGAGGCUAAAGCUUUUAAAUUUAGUGUUUCAAGACUUCCAAAAUGGGCACAAACCAAAGUGACCAGCUCCAAUAUUGUCUGCGGGAGUGUAAACAAUACUUUAUCAGAGGCCUAUUCCCUAUCCCCAGAAGUCAUUAUGCCAGUUGGUCAUGCUUCUUCGUCACCACAGUAUACAAAAACUCAAUGUCUUUCAAGGCCUGAAGGAACUUUCAGCAACUUUGCUUUGGACAACCGUUGGCUCUCUGUUUAUACUGUUUGCAUGGAUGCUUUGUCCUCCCCAGAGAUGCAAAGUUUAAUGGAUACAAAGAUGUCAGAGUUUUCCUCAAGUUUAAGACAAGAUGAGGCUGAGAUCGGAAAUGAUCAAAGCUGUUUUGAGCGCCGUAGCCAUAUGAAACAAGAAAAGAGGGAUCUUUUCUCAGACCAACUUGCAGGUUGCAACAGUAAUAAUGGAUCAUGUUGCGAGUAUCCAGAACAAAUUUCUGGCAGCACAACAGAGCAGUUACAUACAGAUGAAUAUGAAAGUGAUUCAAAAGCUUCUACUGAGUCUAACUUACACAACAUGCAUCCCGAAGAAGAUAGUGAACUAUUCAAGCAACAUUUUGGCAGUUUAUCAAAUGCAAAAAAGAUGGAGGCACGAAAAUCACUAUUACAUAGGUACUCUGCAAGAUUUGUUGUGCAACAUCAUGGCCCUGGGGACUGCAAGAGCCUAUUUAGCACUCCCGUUAGAAAUAUAACUGAUAAAACCAGUAACUGUGAGGGAGACGCCGCGAUUCGUAGUACGUUGGAAAAUGCAUCCUCUAGGAUGAUGGAAAAUGAAGUAAAAAAUUCUUUGGAACAGGACCUCAUGAAUUCGAGAAAAAUUUCAGCAAAUUCAGAAUGUGCAUUAGCUAGAUGCACAGUCAAAGAAAAUUUGGUUGAUGAUGAUAUGAGCAAGGACAGAGAUAAAAAAGAAGGUCUUCAUAAAAAGAGUAAACCGGAGGAAACCAUAAUUGCAUGCAAGAAUGCAUUAAAUAGAUUGGAUUCUGCAGCUGAGAGUGCUGUGCAGUUAUUUUCAAGAUUAGAAAUUAGUAGCUGUGGGGAUGAUAUUUUAGAAGGAGCUGGAACUCAGUUACAUGAUGAAGCAGCUGAGCUUCUUCCAUCAAUCAUUGAGAAAGUUAAUGCAGUUGCUAGAUUGGUUAGAAGUAGGAAGAGUGGUUUGUUUGAUUCAACUUUGCAUCAAUUGUAAGGAAAAUUUUUCUGAAGGCAAAUCAGAGAGGAUUGCCGAAACACCACAGAUACGAGCAUUCUUUAAUUAUAUUAAAUUCAUAUUGUCUCUGCUGAGAAGUGCAGGGGCUCUUAUUG